AUUCUUUAAGGAAAAAGAAGAACCAAAAAGAAAAAAGGAAUUUAUGGAUAGACUCCCCUCCCCCUUCUAACUCAUCUCUGUAGCUCGCUCGGUCUCUCUCUCUCAAAUAGUGUUCUAUUUCUCUGAUCACCGUAAUCAAUGAACGAAGAGGGAACACUUGUAGAUUCUAAAAUGUUAUCUAAAAAAAUCGUCUCAAUUGCCGCCGGAGAAGCUCAUACUAUCGCUCUCACAGGAGAUGGGAGUGUAUAUUCGUGGGGAAGAGGAAGAAUGGGUCGACUCGGAACUGGUUCCGAACACGACCAGCUUUUUCCGGUGCCAAUUGAGUUCGAUUCCUCAUCGGAACGAGGAAAGCUUAGGGUUACGGAAAUCGCAGCUGGUGGUUAUCAUAGUCUCGCUCUUACAGAUGAUGGAUCAGUUUGGUGCUGGGGUGACAAUGUCUAUGGCCAACUUGGCCUCGAUGGAGGACAUUCUUUGGUGCCUGUCUUGUUAGAGUCAUUCCUUGAGGUGGGCUCUUCCGAUUCUUCGACAGAUGAGCCAGAAAUGAAGAGUAAAGCACCAUUGAAGGUUUCUUCGGUCAAAGCUGGAGGAAUGAUGUCACUGGCAAUUGAUAAUCUUGGGGCUCUCUGGAUGUGGGGCAAUUGCCCUCAGCGAAACAGCUCUAGUGAAGAUGGUUUAGCUCCAAUGCCUGUCUUGAAUUUACAUGGUCACACUGUUGUUAAAGUGGCAUGUGGAAAUGAGCAUGUUGUAGCUUUGGUUACUGCUGGAGAGACAUAUAAAGGCGGUGAUCUUGUAUGCUACUCUUGGGGUAACAACAAUCAUGGCCAGUUAGGCUUGGGAGAUAAGACAAGCAGGUUGCAUCCUGAAGUCAUUGAACAUUUUAACCAGGAAUUUCCUUGUGCAGCUUAUGAGGUUGCAUGUGGAGCAUUUCAUACGGCUAUACUUGCUCACAAAAAGAGUCAAAGUGACACAUUAGGAAGUGCUUGCUGGACAUUUGGCCUUGGGGAUAAUGGCCAGCUUGGUCAUGGAACCACCAAAAGUUCUUUGUUACCUGAACCUGUGAAAGAAUUACCAGAAAAUUUAUCUCUGAUAUCUGUCGACUGCGGCUUAUUUCACACGAGUGUCAUUUCAUCGGACGGCGACCUGUGGUCCUGGGGGAUGGAAAAGGGCCUCGGCCUAUGCCCUGAUGCUAGGUUUACUGGAACUGAUGCUGGAGAUGCUGUUUCUCCUCUCUUGAUUUCAUGUAACGGGAUGCAUGGACCUAAAUUUCCAUCGCCAGUUCAAGUUGCAUGUGGUGCUGCCCAUACCGUUCUUCUUGCAGAGGCUGGAUACAAGCUUUGGUCUUGGGGCAGGGGAAUGAGUGGGGUCCUUGGAAAUGGUAAGGUAGUUGAUUGUUUUACUCCAAGUAUUGUGUUGUGGCCCCCAGUAUCGGAGGAUAUCAAGGAAGAGGGAAAAGACAUUGUUCCUGGAGACACAAAGGGUGAAGAAAAGGAUCCUGAAGGAAUCACCGAGAUGGAUAAAAGAUUGUCUAUGGCAAUGGAAGAGAUAACUUUUCUCCGUUCAAAACUUUCUGUGGUCGAACGCUAUGCUAGCAUACUACAUGGUUUAACUUUUGGAAAACCCUUCGAAGAACGAGACAUUCCAAUCUCAUUGCAGAACUCAGGUACUUUCGAUUUUAUUAAUGAAUGGGACAACAUGUUAGAGUCAGCAGAUCACAGCAAGCUGAUCCGUCUAGAGAUGUUUUACCGCAACAUGCUUGCUGGUGUUAAAGAUAAGCUAAUGAAGAGAAGGAUCGGCGAGAUCAUCAAGGAGUGUCUCAAUUCAACUGCAAGAAACUAAGAAAAGAGGCGGGCAUAGGAUGCUGGCAAUUCCAACAUUGUUUCUCAUACUUGAUGGCCGCCUAUGGGUGGAUUGUGGUGCUCCCAUUCCUUUAGCUUUCGGCUUCAGUAAAAACUCUUCCCCUUCGUUUUUAUAGAUAUUGAGUUUGUAUGGUAACUCAACUUUGAGUGGAAAAACACUGAUUUUCUGUCAAAGAAGCAUGCUUAACACAGCCUAUAGCGUCAAUUCGAGCCGCGUCUAAACUCAAUUAAGGGUAAGGCCCCGAACAAAUGUGAUCAUAGAUUCAUUACCAUAUCAUAGUUUUUGAGAUGCAUGUGCCACAUAUGCACCUGAAAUUGUCUAGAACUGCCUUUACAAAUGUCUGAAUACCUCGCAGGAGUAUGGUUAGUAAAAAGUGUUUUUGUAGAA